AUGUCUGCAAAAGGUCAGUCAGAAACUCCUCUUCCUUUAUCAGCUCGCGCACACCAAGCAGCGGUCGCCGAAUCAGAAAGUCUUAUUUUCGACGUCCUCCGCAACCUCAGGGGUCCGUAUUUCAACCUAGACGGCUUCUUCAACGUGGGUGUUGCUGAGAAUGUUAUCACGCACGAUUUCCUUUUGGAAUACAUGAACAAAAGCGCAGCCCUGCUUCCGAAGUAUCUGACCUACAAUGAUUGGGGUGGUGGAAGUAUGAUUGCUCAUGUCUUAAAAGGUCAUGUUGCUUCGCUAAGGCCCAUUGAACUCGGUCAUCUGUUUGUCACAAACGGCGGCAAUGCAGGCUUUUUUGUAUGGCUUCAGCGGAUGGAAUAUAUCGAAAUGGUACACUACACCAUUCGACGAAAAAAGCCCACUAGUGGUAUUAGGCCGCCUUUUUAA